AUGACUUCUCCUGAUAUUCAAAAAGACAUUGUAAGUUCUUGUGCAAAAGAAACGUUGAAAGAAAUUAUUGAAGACUUAAAUGGGCAUUUCUUUGGAAUUUUGGUUGAUGAGUCUAAAAAUGUUUCUCAUAAGGAACAAAUGACGCUUGUUUUGCGGUAUGUCAACAGAGAGGGUAAGCUUAUUGAGCGAUUUCUUGGUCUUGUUCAUGUUAAAGACAUAUCAGCGAAGUCGUUGAAAGAAGCGAUCAAUUUUUUGCUUUUAAAUCAUUCUUUGAGUCGAUCUCAAAUACGAGGACAAGGUUAUGACAAAGCUAGUAACAUGCAGGGAGAGCUUAAUAGUCUUAAAACCUUGAUUUUGAAAGAUAAUUCUUCAACAUAUUACAUACAUUGCUUUGCUCAUCAGUUGCAAUUGGAUCUUGUAGCUGUUGCGAAGAAACAUGAUGAUGUGAAUAAUUUUUUUGACAUUCUUGCUAAUGUUUUAAAUAUUAUUGGAGGUUCUUUUAAGCGCAGGGAGAUGCUUCGAGAUGAUCAAGAUGAAAAAUUAGAGGAAUUAUUAGUGCUUAGUGAAGUUCAUAUGGGAAGUGGAUUAAAUCGGGAACUUGGACUUCAAAGACCCGGUGUACUCAUUGGGGAUCUUAACAAUCGCUUUAGUGAAGUGAAUACUGAUCUACUUCUUAGAAUGGCUAGUUUAAGUCCUGAGAAUUGUUUUGUGAAUUAUGAUAAAGACAAGAUCAUGAAGCUUGCUACAUAUUAUCCAAAUGAGUUUAGUGUCUCCAAGCUUGAAGAUCUUAGCUUUGAUCUUGAUAAUUAUAUUUACUAUGUGAGAGAAGUAGAUAAUGCUUUCUCUAAUUUGAAAGGACUUAGAGAUCUUUCGAUGAAAUUGGUUGAAACAAAUAUGUACAAGACGUGGGGACUUAUUUAUUUGCUUGUGAAAUUAAGCUUAAUAUUACCCGUGGCUACUGCAACAGUGGAAAGAGCUUUUUCCUCCAUGAAUUUUAUCAAAAAUAAUUUGCGAAGAAGGAUUGGUGAUGAUUUUUUGAAUGGUUGUUUAGUUUGUUAUAUAGAGGAUGAAGUAUUUGACAGUGUACCUAAUGAUGCAAUCAUUAAUCAUUUUCAAAACAUGACAAUUCGUCAAAUGCAAUUGUAA